UUCUCCUCACCCCUCCAUCCUCUCCUCCACCUGUCCCUGACUCCUGUAGGGAAGGCUGAGAGAAUUCCCACAUUCCUCCCAGCCAAUCACUCAGCUAAUCGCAGCCGCAGCCUCCGGCGGUUCCUCCUCAGCCCCCAGUCUUCCAUGGACAGUGAGCUCAGUGCCUCAGAGCUGGAGGAUGACUCCAUCACGCAGGGAUACAAACUGCAGGACCUUGUUGACGUCCAGGUCAUGGCUCGUCUGCAGGAGGACAAUAAGCUGCGGAGGAGCAUGCCCAACCUGUUCAGGGCUCCCAGUGUGCCUAGCCCACUGAGCCCAGCCAAUCACAUCGUCUCUCCUUCCACCCUUCGGAACAGUCUGAGCUUCGACUCGUCCAAUGGGCUGGCCAGCAGGCUACAGUCCUCCAUCCCUUCACCCGGUCAGUUGCAGAACAGAGUCCAGAGUGUGGGGAACUUCCAGUCGUUGUCGCGGCAACCCCUCAAAGCCACAGCCUACGUCAGCCCCACUGUGAAAGGGCCAGUUACCAUGCCGACCUCCACCAGUCUGCAGUCCCUGAGCGGCAUCAGUGGGAUCCCCCUCCCCAGUAAACCAGCUGUGGGGGUUGGGGGCACUCCUACACCCCCCCGGAGCAGCCUGCCCCGCCCAGCCUCCUUUAUCGGGACCAGCUCCACCCCUCGAAGCAAGAUCGCCCAACCCACACGCAGUUUAUUGACGCCUCCUAAGAGCUUGUCCAGCCUGAGUGCCCUACGAGACGGGAGCUGGAGAGAUGGCUGCUACUGAGAGAGGGAUGAA